AUGAAAAGAUUCAAGAAUCAACCAAGUGCGGUUCCAUCGACUCCGACCUGUGGACUAGCUAUUGAUGUUGAUUAUCCUCAAGUUACAGGAUUGAGAAGACAUCUGGACCCAAUUCAAUGUAACAAUGGUUCUGACAAGCGAAAAAUUGUUCUAGAAAACAAUAGCGUUAUUGAACUGAAAUCAAGAUUUGUUGGUGGUAAUUUUACCAGAGGAUACUGUAUAAUGAUAUAUAGAGAAGAUAACUCGAAUGAUUCCAAAGUACAAUUAAAAAUCCAAUGUGAUGAUCCUGAUGAGACAACAACACAUAUAUCAGCAGCGACAAUUAAAGACAACCUACAAUAUGAGGGAGAAAUAAUGCCGACAGCUGGUACUGAAAACAAUGAUAAAACUGUAUCAAAGAAAGGAUACAAUCAAGAUGAUAAGAAGUUAGAACUGUACAUCUAUAUAGGAGCAGGUGCAGGAGGAUUGUUUGUGAUUAUAGCUAUAUUAUUGAUUAUACUGUGUAUAAGGAAAAGAUCAAAGAAGAAAACUAUAAAUGAAGAACAAACUACGCAUGGCACCAAUGGUCCUGAUUCUGAUAAUGGCGAACUAAAGGAUAACAUGUUAUACGUUUCCUCCGAUCAACAAGAUAUUAUUGAGGACGGUAAUUACCAUAUGAUUGAUUUAGGACAGAAACGAGGAGUUAAUGAAAGUAGAAGUUCUAAAGUCGAAUAUAAUACAGCUGACGGAAACUACAGUUCUAUAGGAAGUCCAGAUACUAAACAUAAACCGAAAGCGGCCGUCAACUUCCGUGAAUCAGACAACCAAACCCAACAUAUAUUUAUCGUGGAAAAUAGCAAUGAUGAAUAUGCCGUGGUAGACAAAGGGAGAAAAUCUGAAAGUGUUAAACAUGCUUCUCCUUUGGUAAUGAAUAGCAGCGAAAAAGACAUGGAGAUGUCUGGUUUACAUGUAGAUCAGACAUAUGCAGUGGUUGAUAAAACAAAUAGGGGGAAAGCUGAUGAAUGAGAAAAAAAAAGAGUGCAACAAAAAGAACGAAUUACCAGAAACUACCCUUUAUUGGAGUUGUCGAACAUGACUUCUAAUAAAUGCAAAUAGCAGUUAAAACGCGUUUUCCAACAAGCGUCUGUUAAUACGCAACCGCAUACGAUAACUUAGAUAAAAAGCAUGUUUUAAACAUGCUUAGUGUCUAAUGCUUUAUGCUUUGCGUGUAAUAAAAGCAUACUCUUGCAAACUAUACAUUAUAUUUUGUUAAAACUGUAUAAUAAAGCAUUGCUUUGUCAUAUUUUCAAAUAUUUAAGAGGUUAACUAUUUUGUUUUUUAAAGGGUACGCUAAGUAUACUUUUUUAUUAUUGACAUUUAAGGUAGUAAGUUACCUUUUUCGUCAGUUGGAGAAAGAGAAAAAUAUCAACACUUCAUAAAUUAUAUAUUGGAAUCCAUAUUAUACA